UUUUGAAAGUGUUGGUCGGAAGCCGUUAGUGUCGCUCUGUGUAGCUGCUGGCCAGUGGGUGCGUCACAUUAACAUAGUGAGGGAAGUGAACACAUGGAGAUAUAUGCAGGUAUUUUAAUAACUUUAAAAGUACAGGAGAACUGUCGAAAACGGAAGUAAGGACUUUCUGAAACCACUUAUUUAUUUAUUUAUUUAUUUUUCUUUCCCAGGAUAUUGAAGUUCAAGUUUCUGCAUCCCGUCUACUCCUCAGUAUGACUGAGCCUGCUGAGCUCCUGCUCAUCAAGGACCAGUAUGAGUUGGCGUUUCAUUCUCUGAGCCGUGGGCUGGCUGCCGAAGAGGCCGGGAACAGAGGGGAGUGCCUGGUGUAUUACAGGAAAGGUCGACAGCACCUUACCCAAGGAGUGGAAGUUCCCACUGGGGGGGAGAGGCAGCAGGGGGCGAUCUGGGACACGGCCAGGCAUCUUCAGCAGAGGAUGAGGGACACUCUGAGGACUGUCAACGCCCACCUCUCUGACCUGGCGACCUCUCAGCUGAUGGCAGGAGGCCAGAGGGGCCGCCUGUUGAUGGAUCUUCCUCCCAAUCUUUACCCAGACCUGGCACAUAGCAGCCAGCCUCCCCAAAGCUCCCUCCACCAUCUGUACCCCACCAUACCCACCACCACCACCACCCAGAACACAUCCCCAAAAGUCCCUCCCAGGCCUGCUUCCCCCGCUGUUCAGCACAAACACAUUCUCCCUGCAGCGGCUCCAGGAACUGUAGCCAUGGCUAACCCUGGAGACCAGCCUCCAGCAUACACAUCACAGCCAAGUAUCGGCCACCGCAGUCUGUCUCUUGGUCCUAAUGGAGGCGGCCUCGGGCCAGCAAUGCAGACCGGGGCAACAGCUGGAGUGAAUGGAAACGAGCUGCUUUUCAUCCCCUCUGGGGUGCAGAUGUUUUUCGUGGCACCAAGCGGGCAGGUCAGCUCUCUGACCUAUCCAGGCUUCCUUCGCAUAAUCGCGUUUAACAGUCAGCACAAGGAUUCCACUGCUGGAAGUCCCUCAGCAUAUCUACAUGUGUGUGACUGGCUGUACCCGCUAUCACCGGACAUUCCAGUGCUACUGGCUAACUCUGGGAUCUUCAUGUUCCCUGACACCUUGUCAGAGACGCCAGGGUCCUACGUGGGCAUAGUAUUGUCCUCCGAACUGCCUGCUGUCCACCGAGAGACGUUUCAGGACGUCCUCUCGCAGCACGCUGACCUCAGGGUCCAGGGUCCAGAGGGGACGGGGGUAGAGGUCAUCAACCUCAGUGAGAAAAUCCCCCUUGGUCCCACGAAAGAGCUCGGAGAACUGACAGUGGGGGGGAAGGACAAACCACCACUUCCUGGAUGGAGUGAGAAGAUGGCACAAGGAAUCUUGACAGGAGCCACACGGUUGAGUAUAGGGUUUGUAAAAGGAGCAGAGGCCACUGGUAGGGCCAUUCAUAAAGGAGCAGCCAAGAUCCGGGACCACAUCACGCCUGAGGAAACCCCUUCAGAGGUCAGCCCAAAGGUCACCAAAGGUCUGAAUGCGGCUAAACAGGCCACCGGGGGUGCUGUGAAAGUCAGCCAGUUCUUGGUUAAUGGAGUGAGUUCGGUGGCAGGACAUGUGGCAGACAAGAUGGCUCCCCAUGUGAAGAAACAGGGCGCUAAGCUGGUCCCAGAGUCUAUGAAGAACAAAGAUGGUGGCCCGUCCAACUGGGAUGGAGCCAAGUUUGUGGCAGUCAGCAGUGUACAAGGUUUCUCUACCAUUUGGAAUAGUCUGGAGACCGGAGCAAAGCUUGUUGGCAAAAGCGUUUCAGCAGAAACUGUCACAAUCAUGACGUACAAGUACGGUAACGAUGCAGGCGAAGCUACAGACACUGCUGUCAAGUCAGUGAUCAAUGUUGGUGUGACCGCGUACAACAUUGACAAUCUGGGCGUCAAAGCCAUCCUGAAGACUGCAGCGAAGAAGACGGCCAAGGCCAUGGCCAAAAGCUCGGGAGAACAACCAACAGAAACGGAGGGGAAGGAGGCUCAGAAACGAGAGCAUCAAGCAGAGACGGAUGGGAGGGAGAAGCAGAAGAAAGAGGAGGAAGAGAAGAUGACAUAAAUUCCAGUGGGGCGUUUUAAUGCUUUGCUUGAAGGUUUCUGUCAGAUUGAUGGAUCAACUCCUCAUUUGCACAUUUAUACAACGAAAUAGGCCACUCAUCUUCUGAAGUGGAUAUUUAGUUGUAUUAAAAGUGCUUUUAAUCACAUUCAGCCACUAGAUGUCGCAUUCUCCCUUCCAUUGCAUUUACUUCACAACAAGUUGUUGUCAGGCACUUAACUUAUCAAUCUCAGCCAUUUAUCCAUUUUUUCCACACUAACUGAUGACCCAGAGAUACCAACGUUGUUUUACUAUUGGCUCACAAGCCUUGUUAGAAGGGGGAACCGAACGUCAGAUAUCUUCCAUAGAAAUAAACAAGAAACAUUAAUUUUUGGACUAACCAAAUUUCUUAAAAUUAUUAAUUCACAAUCAUAAUAAUUGUUUUCAGGAAAAGCCAUACUUUUAUUCGGCACCUUUCUAAAAGCUCC